AUGGAGAGCCUGCUGGAGAACCCGGUGCGGGCCGUGCUCUACCUCAAGGAGCUCACGGCCAUCGUGCAGAACCAACAGAGCCUCAUCCACACGCAGCGCCAGCGCAUCGACGAACUGGAGCGGCGGCUGGACGAGCUGAGCGCCGAGAACCGCAGCCUAGGCGAGCAGCAGCAGCGGCUGCAAGCGCAGUCCUCGCCGGGGCCCGGAGCCCCGUCUCCCGCCCCGCCACCGGCUUCUCCCGCCGCCGGGGCCCAGCAGCCGCUCCAGGACCACGGACAGCGCCCGCCCUCUGCGCCGGAGCCUUCCGCGCUUCAGCACCACGGACAGCUCGUGGCGCAGCCCCAGCCAGGCCCCAACAGCAGGGCUCAGGCACCGCUGUCACCCCAGCCGCCCGCGGGGACGCUAGCGGCUGGCGCCCACAAGGACAAGGAGCGUCCCCCGAGUUGCUGCACCUCCACCGGAAACCUCCUUCAGCACAAAUCCCCCACCGCCCUGGGCAAGGGCGUCCUGGGCAGGAGACCCGAGAAUGAGACUGUGCUGCACCAAUUCUGCUGCCCAGCUGCUGACACCGAGCAGAAGCCUGCCUGCUCUGACCUGGCCUCCCAAAGUGAUGGCUCCUGUGCCCAGGCCGGUGGGGGCAUGGAGGACUCCGUGGUGGCAGCGGCAGCGGUGGCAGCCGGCAGACCCAGUGCCCAUGCCCCGAAGGCUCAAGCCCAGGAGCUACAGGAGGAGGAGGAGGAAGAGCAGCCAGGGGCAGGGGGUGCCUCCCCCAGGGCCGGCCCCCAGCACAUGGGCUCCCCUGGUCAGCAGCAGCCUGCCCAGGCGACGGCGCUCUGCUCCCACGCCCCUGCCGCCUCCGAUUACGAGCUCUCCCUUGACUUAAAGAAUAAACAGAUUGAAAUGCUAGAACACAAGUACGGGGGUCACUUGGUAUCCCGGCGCGCCGCCUGCACCAUCCAAACCGCCUUCCGCCAAUACCAGCUCAGCAAGAACUUCGAGAAGAUCCGCAACUCGCUCCUGGAGAGCCGCCUGCCACGGCGCAUCUCCCUGCGCAAGGUGCGGGCGCCCACGGCAGAGAGCCUGGCAGCUGAGAAGGCGCUCAUGGAGGGCUGCGGCCUCAUGGGGCUGCAGCUGGGACGCGCGCCCUCCCUGCCGCCUGGCCUGGCGGGCGCGCUCACCGAGCUGGAGGACUCCUUCAGCGAACAGGUGCAGUCCCUGGCCAAAUCCAUUGACGAUGCGCUCAGCACCUGGAGCCUCAAGACUAUGUGCUCUCUGCAGGAGGGCGGCGCGUAUCAGAUCCACCAGGCUCUGCGCGCUGGCGGGGGUCCUCCUGGCCUGGAAGCGGAGAGCCGGGAGCUCUCAGGAGCCAGCCCAGGGCCCGGCGAGGAGGCCUCUGAGCCUGGGGGUCUGUCCCAGGGCCACAGCAGCACCCUCAUGAUGGCGUUCCGGGACGUCACGGUGCAGAUCGCCAACCAAAACAUCUCUGUCUCCUCGUCCACAUCCCUGUCGGUGGCCAACUGCCUGGGCACGCAGGCUGCCCCGGCCGCCGCAGAAUCCGCAGAGAGGGCAGCCGAGCAGCAGGACGAGGCAGCUGGGCAGGAAGCCCCUGAGGUCCCCCCUGCGGGCCAGGGGGACGCGGGGGAAGCACCCAUAGAGGAUCUGGGUGCAGAUGCAGAGACCAGCGAAGCCCUGGGCGUCAACCAACUGGGGACCGCAGAGGAGACAGUAGCUAGGGCAGAGGUCGAGGCCCAGGAGUUAGAGGAGGAGGAGGCAGAGGCCGCUGGCAGAGGCGCCACCGGGUCUGAGGCCGAGGCUGAGGCUGAAGCCGAGGCGGAGGUCGAGACGGACGUGGGAGACCCCUCGGAGCAGCUGAGCAGCAGCAGCGCGUCCACCAAAUCGGCCAAGUCGGGCUCCGAAGCCUCAGCGUCCACCUCCAAAGAAGCACUCCAGGCCAUGAUCUUGAGCCUGCCGCGAUACCACUGCGAAAAUCCCGCGAGCUGCAAGUCGCCGACGCUCUCCACUGACACCCUCCGCAAGCGGCUCUACCGCAUUGGCCUCAACCUCUUCAACAUAAACCCGGACAAGGGCAUCCAGUUCCUGAUCUCCCGUGGCUUCAUCCCUGACACCCCCAUCGGUGUGGCCCAUUUCCUCCUACAGCGUAAGGGCCUCAGCCGCCAGAUGAUUGGAGAGUUCCUGGGCAACAGCAAGAAGCAGUUCAACCGCGACGUGCUGGACUGCGUAGUGGAUGAGAUGGACUUCUCCAGCAUGGAGCUGGACGAGGCCCUGCGGAAGUUCCAGGCUCACAUCCGCGUGCAAGGAGAGGCCCAGAAGGUAGAGCGGCUCAUCGAGGCCUUCAGCCAGCGCUACUGCAUGUGCAACCCCGAGGUGGUGCAGCAGUUCCACAACCCUGACACCAUCUUCAUCCUGGCCUUUGCCAUCAUCCUCCUCAACACCGACAUGUACAGCCCCAACAUCAAGCCAGAUCGUAAGAUGAUGCUGGAGGACUUUAUCCGGAACCUGCGAGGUGUGGAUGACGGUGCCGACAUCCCCAGGGAGCUGGUGGUGGGCAUCUAUGAAAGGAUACAGCAGAAAGAGCUCAAGUCCAAUGAAGAUCACGUCACGUAUGUCACCAAGGUGGAGAAGUCCAUUGUGGGCAUGAAGACAGUGCUGUCUGUGCCACACCGCCGCCUGGUCUGCUGCAGUCGCCUCUUCGAGGUGACCGACGUGAACAAGCUGCAGAAGCAGGCUGCGCAUCAGAGGGAAGUCUUCCUCUUCAACGACCUGCUGGUGAUACUCAAACUCUGCCCUAAGAAAAAGAGCUCCUCCACGUACACUUUCUGCAAGGCAGUCGGCCUGCUGGGCGUGCAGUUUCACCUGUUUGAGAAUGAGUAUUAUUCUCAUGGCAUCACCCUGGUGACCCCACUGUCGGGCUCUGAGAAGAAGCAAAUGCUGCAUUUCUGUGCCCUGGGUUCUGACGAGAUGCAGAAGUUCGUGGAGGACCUGAAGGAGUCCAUUGCCGAGGUGACGGAGCUGGAGCAGGUCCGGAUAGAGUGGGAGCUGGAGAAGCAGCGAGGAGCAAAGACACUCUCCUUCAGGUCUGGGGAAUCCCAGGUGGAACCACAGUCAAAGCAAGGAUCGCCUACAGCCAAGAGGGAAGCGGCUCCGGGGGAGAAGCCGGCAGAGAGCACCAUGGAGGUGUCAAUUCACAACAGGCUUCAAUCGUCCCAGCACAGCUCCGGGCUGGGGGUCGAGAGGGGCGCAUCGGGGCCACCACAGCCAGACCUGCAGCCUAGCCCCGCCGGAGAGCAGCCCCCGCCACCCACACCACUGAUGCUGCCACUGCCGCCGCCACCGCCCACUCCCCCAGGCACCCUGGUGCAGUGCCAGCAAAUCGUCAAGGUCAUUGUCCUGGACAAGCCCUGCUUGGCCCGCAUGGAGCCCCUGCUGAGCCAGGCCCUCUCCUGCUACACCUCGUCCUCCUCCGACUCCUGUGGUGGUGGCUCCACACCCCUGGGCGGCCCAGGAUCCCCGGUCAAGGUCAUCCACCAGCCUCCUCUGCCCCCGCCCCCACCGCCCUACAACCACCCUCACCAGUUCUGCCCUCCUGGCAGCUCCCUGCUACACCGGCGCCGCUACUCCAGUGGCUCCAGGAGCCUGGUGUAG